UGCGUAAUAGGCUCAAUAUUGUAUGUAUAAAUUGUUUUGUAUUUGGAGUUGAUAGAGAAAGGUCAAGGUUACAUAUAUAUAGUUUGUCUGUGGAUCGAUCAUAGAUGGCAGUUGGAAUGAACAAAAUUUUGGUGAUUGGAAUCGGCCUUUUUGUCAGCUGUUUGCUGCUCCGAUGCGAAGAAGUUGAUGGAAAAGAAUAUAUAGUGGGGGAUGAGAAAAGAUGGAGCCCUGAUGCUAACUUAACCCAGUGGACUGAGGACAAGAAGUUCAAGGCUGGAGAUGUUUUGGUUUUCGAAUAUAAAGAUCCCCUUCUCAUGGUAGCUGCUGUACGGGACAAAUAUUUGUUCGAGAAGUAUGACUUAUAUGCCGGCGUGAUAAAACUAUACACUUCAGGAAACGAUCAUGCGGUAUUGGAGAAGGGCACAAUCUACUUCGCACCUUAUCCGUCUCCCUAGUGUGAAAAUGGAAUGAAACUUACAGUUCAUGUGGAGUAACUAUAUAUAUAUAGUUAUAAACAUGAUGCAGUUUAUGAGGCUCCACUGUGAAUUAUGUUUAUCAGGCUCCAUUGUUAAUUAUGUCAUACAAAAGAGAUGCUAUAAU